UUUAGAAAUUAGAAAGCUUUGCGCUUUUGUUAUUGUAUAAUCCAUCCUCGCUUUCAAACCCUCCCUCUUUCGUGAUCACGGUAGUUGCCGCUUCGAUUCUUUCAGUUACUGGUUGAUUUUUCUGUUAUAAAUCGAGUCGGUUGUUCCCAAACCAAUUACUAGUUCUUCCGUGAUCUUAGAGCAUGUAUCGGCGUGACUUCUCGUUCUUACAGUUGAUUAAACUAGAAAUUUUCUGUAAUCGUUCAUGAUUGGAAUGAAAAUGGAGCUAUUACAUGGGAGCUUGAUCUCUCAGUUCAAAGCUCGACAACCAAUUUUGAUCUUCUCCAAGCGCACUAAGAAACAAGAUUCUCUUAUUGUCGUAAACCUGUUUAGGGAGAAUUUCCCAAUUUCAUACACCCGUUGUAGAACCCUUGAGAGCCAUUGGGAUAAUACUCAAAGCAUUAGACACCCAGCUGUUUCCAGUAAUGAUGACUCAAAGGUUCCUGAGUUGAUUUUCACCCGACUUCAACUCAGUGAUGAGGAAUAUCUAGGCAUGCAAAGGCGUAGCUUUGGUCAUUACAUUGCUCGUGAAGCAGUAUUGAAUGAAGAAUAUUGGAUAGCAGCAUGGCUGCGUGCAGAAGCUCAAUGGGAAGCCUCAUCCAACAAGAACUUCAGGCACGCUCAAAAUUUUAAAAUGAAGUAUUCUGAUCAGGAGUACAAAGCUUUGAAGAAAAGAUGUUCUGGACAGGAUGGGAACUUGUUGCAGUGCUUCUGUCUUGUUGCUGUUAAAAAGGAAGUGAAAAAUGUGAAAAGAACUGUAUUGAACAGUAUUGUUGGAACUAUGGACUUGAGCAUCCGACAAUAUUUGCAAGGAGAGACAUAUCCUGGGGAGGUAAAGAAGCAAUCGGGUGUGUUGGCAUGUAAACAAGCUGAUGAUGCACACAAGUAUGCCUACAUCUCAAAUGUUGUUGUGGCAUUAUACGCCAGGCGUCGUGGAAUUGCAUUAAACAUGUUACACCUUGCCAUUCAUAUGGCAACAUCUCUAGGUAUGAAGAAACUAUUCGUUCAUGUAACCACAGGCAACAAACCUGCCCAAGAACUCUACAAAAAAGCGGGCUUCAAGUUUGCCACAAAUGAUGCAUCAAAUGAGGGGCAGCUACUAAUGUGGAUGGAACUGAAUUGACUUUUGGGAGUUACUCACAUUCUUUACUUGUAUAUAGCUAGGAGUUGGAUUUGUUCUACAUUGUAGAUUCACUUGUGAAUGAUGUGACUAUACCAUACAUACAUACAUACACACAUGUAAAUAGUUUCUCUUCUUGGUGUUACAAUAAGCAUUUGAG